UGGGCCUUCCCCUAUCGUCCAGUCUAUGGAUAGACACUCUGCUUUUGCUUGACGGUAAGACAGAAAUUAGGGUUUAAGGUCUGUGAUCUCUGCAAGAUCAAAAUCUCUUUUUUGAGGAAUCAAAACCCCUUUCUGAGAGAGAAAGCAAUGGCGUCUAGGGUUUCGCUUAAGAGCAAAGGCAAAAGCAGCAGCGGGAAGGGAUCAAAGGGCAUGGAAGAGAAAUCGACCACCCAGUGCUUGAAGGAGUGGAGCACUUGGGCCAUGAAAAAGGCUAAAGUGGUCACUCAUUAUGGAUUCAUUCCUCUGGUCAUCAUCAUCGGCAUGAACUCCGAGCCUAAGCCUCAGCUCUACCAGCUUCUAUCUCCUGUCUGAUCCAAUCGCUUGAUGCUCAUAUCGUGGUGAUUUGCGUUACCUCGUUUGAGUUGAUACCUACUUGUCGAAUCUACAUGGAUUGACUGAUGUUAUUUAUUUGGUUUAGGCCUUAGGGGUUGUGAGUUAAAGUUCUAUGCAAAUCAAGUUUAUGGAUGAAUUAGUGCAAUAUGUGAAGAUAUCCAAUCUUUAUCAAUGGCUUUGAAUUUUUGGUUUAAUAAUACAAAAAUAUCUGCAAGUGCCCCUUAGUUUA